CCACAGAACAAGUCUCAACAAGUUUAAAAGAAUCAAAAUUUUAUCAAGUAGCUUUUCUGACCACAAUGGAAUAAAACUAGAAAUCAGUAACAGGAAGAACUUUGGAAAUGGUACAAAUACAUGGACGUUAAACAACAUCCUUGUGAGCCACUAAUGGAUCAAUGGAGCAAUUAAAAAGGAAAUUUUUAAGAAAAUUCUUGAGUCAAAAAGGGGGAACACAAUAUACUAGAACCAAUGGGAUAUAGCAAAAGCAGUUUUAAGAGGGAAGUUUAUAGCAAUAUUUGCCUACAUCAAAAAAGUAGAAAGAUCUCAAAUAACCUAAAAUGGCAACUCGAGAAACUAGAAUAACAGGAGCAAACUAACUCAAAAUUGGUAGAAUGAAAGAGACAAAUGCACAGGAGAAUGCCAUUUGAAGACACAGGCACACAGAAGAGAGAAUGCCAUGUAAUGACAACACAGAAUUAGAGUUAUUUAUCUGCAAGUCAGGGAAUGACAAGGGUUGCUGGCAAUCACCAGAAGCUGGGAGAGAGAGCAUGGCUUUUCAGAUAGGACAAUGAUUUUUGGACUUCUAGACUUUAACACUUUGAGCGAAUCAAUUUCUAAGGUACCCAGUUUGUGGUACUUUGUUAUGGCAGCCCUAGGAUAUUAAUACAAUGGAAAUUUUGGCAAUAAUUGUGAGAAGAUGAGCUAAUGUAUAAGAUACUUUAUAAGAUACGGUAGCUUAAGAAAGCUGGCAGUGACAAUAUUUUCUCAUAUGUAAUUGCCAGACAUAUCUAAAGAAAGAUGGAAGGAGAGACGAGAUUAGAACAGUCCCUGCUAUAAUCUGCUGAAGGAGAGGAGAGAUUAUAAUCGAAGUUAACAAUAAAAUAAAAAGAGAUAACCAAGAGAGCCAGAUUUUUAGAUUAGGUAAUAGAAUUUGAUUGAAGGAUUAUGCAGCGGUGUUGAGUUUAGAGAAAAAUUGGCUCAGUUUCCUCUGGGAAAUUAGAAUGAAGUAGAGAUAUGUGGAGGACAACUUCUGCUAAAUUGCCUCUGAUUGUUCAUUAAUUAGUACAUUUACCUGCUGAAAGCUAUCAUGCUUUCAGGGGUCAAGGACUCAAGAGGGAAGAGUUUGAUGAGGAGGCGCUAGUUGGUAUUAUAUAAUGUGGAUGUGCAUAAGCCUAAAUCUGGAGUAUUUCAGCAUUCUGACUCUGUAGCAGAACUGUAUAAUUAUAAAUAUACAAAGGCUUAGAAUGAAAAGGAUCCAAAUCUUAUUAUAAAUGUGUAACAGAGACCUGAGGAUUUUAUAUGACCUCUCCAAGGGACACAGACAAUGAGUGACAGGUCUGCAAUGCAGGUCUCAGACUCCUGACUGUACCAUAUUGGAGAUUGAAAUCCCUAAAAUUAUUGUCUUAGCAUGUUUUUUAUUGCUACAAUAGAACACCGCAGAUUUAGUUGUACCUAGCAGACUGGGUAAUUUAUAAAGAAAAGAAACUUAUUUCUCACAAUUUUGGAAGCUGAGAAGUCCAAGAGCAUGGCACUGGUCUCUGGUGAGGAUCAUCCCACGGUAGAAAGGUGAAAGGUGAAUGAGAGAGAGAGAAUUGGGCCUAACUCAUCCUUUUUAUCAGGAAUCCAUUCCCAAGAUAAUGUAUUAAUCUCUUCAUGAAGGUGGAGCCCCCAUGACCUAAUCACCACUUCUAAAGGCUACACUUCUCAAUACUGUUUCAUUGGUAAUAAAAUUUUAACAUGAAUUUUAGAGGAGACAUUCAAAUCACAGCAAUUAUGGAAAUAAAAAAUAUUUUAAAAAUUUGGUGAUUAGAAAGGGUAUAUAUCUGUAUCAUAGUAUGAUUUUAGUUGUUUUUCCCACCCAUUUAACUGAAUAUUACCAUUAAUGUCUGGGAUUGGAACCAGGUUAAGUUUCAUGUUGUCUAUUUCAUGAACUUUUACUUCUAGUAAUGAUUUUGCCUGAAUAGGAAGAGAAAUGUCACUAACAACAAAGGAAAGCAAUUAAAGUAUACUUCCUUUGUUGUUAGUGACAUUUACAAUUAAAGGAACCAUUUAUUUCUGUAUUCCUAAUGAAAAUUUGAAGAGUCUCUGAGUCCUUUACCCUUUCUGUCUUUGUCAUGUUCAUGAAUGGUCAUUAGCUUCUGUAUCCAUACCAAGAAAUGUGUUAUUAUAGUUAAAAUCACAUAAUAAGAUUUUCAGCGUUGAUAAAGAGGGGUUAUUUGCCAUUCUGAGCAUAUCCAAUUUAGUUGUAGCUGAAAAAAAAGUAACAAAAUCAUUAAAGUUAUGCCCGUCUAGUCUAUACCACUACACCUUUAAAAUGGGUAUUAGAUAUCAUUGUCUUGAUUAGUACCAUUUUCAUAGUGGUAGUUGAGAGUAAGGGAUCUUGGAGUCCAAACACUAUUCUGGACUCAUCUGUUGGCUUCACACUUAUUUAAACAUCUGCAAAUAACUUCACCUGUUAACCCCACCUUUCAAAUUUGCUUAACAAAUAUAAAUAGAGUACCAACUUUGUAGGUUUGCUUUAAGUAUCAAAUGGGAGAAUUCAUUUAAACCCUUAGAACACUUUCUAGUACAUAGGAAUUAGUGAAUACAAGGAACCAUUUAACUGAAAUGUAGUUAACUUUCAGAUAAAACUGUCUCAUUGGAAUGAUUCAGAUUUCUAAGAUGAGUAAUCCUCAUUUUCUCUCUCUGUGUUCAACUUUCUCUUUAAUUUGCUCCUUUUUUAGCUUGGCUAUCAAAUUUUUAAUUAUUAAAAGUCAUGCAAUUGUAAAUAUGUAGUUAUCUAUGCAAUUGUAAAUAUGUGGGUUUUUCUUUUUGAAUUUGAUCUCUUUUUUUUGUGUGUAUGCCAGAAAGAUAGAGCAAUAAACAAAUACCACAUGACACACUCAGCCAACAAUUCAUUCAGGUCUCUGAAGAGUAACUGGACAAGAAGAAAAACAUAGGAAAAAAACCAACAGAAUUUGUUGGCAUGUUCUACACACAGACCAUGGCUUUUCAGAAGCCAAACUGAAUAAAAACAGUUUUAAAAGAGACAACCAUUUGUAGAGGAGUCCUUGAAGGAUUCUUCAUUGUUUUCUUGGACAAAAAGAGACGAGUGGAUCCAAGUGCUUCUAAAUACUUCUCUCUUAUUUUCUUAACUUUAUUGCUCUACAAUAUUUACUUUACCCUGUUAAUGAACAGGACAAAAUGGUUAAAAAAGAGAUAAGUGUAUGUCAACAAAUUCAGGCUCUUCUGUACAAGAAUUUUCUUAAAAAAUGGAGAAUAAAAAGAGAGACUUUACUGGAAUGGACAAUAACAUUGUUUCUAGGGCUAUAUUUGUGCAUCUUUUCGGAAUACUUCAGAGCUACCCGUUUUCCUGAACAACCUCCUAAAGUCCUGGGAAGUGUGGAUCAGUUUAAUGACUCUCACCUGGUAGUGGCAUAUACACCAGUCAGUAACGUAACACGAAGGAUAAUGAAUAAGAUGGCUUCGGCUUCCUUUAUGAAAGGAAGAACAGUCAUUGGGACACCAGACGAAGAGACCAUGGAUAUAGUACUUCCAAAAAAGUACCAUGAAGUAGUGGGAGUUAUAUUUCGUGAUACUUUCUCAUAUCAGCUGAAGUUUAAUUGGGGAUAUAGAAUCCCACCUAUAAAGGAAUACACUGAAUACACAGCACACUGUUGGGCCAUGCAUGGUGACAUUUUUUGUUACUUGGCAAAGUACUGGCUAAAUGGGUUUGUAGCUUUUCAAGCUGCAAUUAAUGCUGCCAUUAUAGAAGUCACAACAAAUCAUUCUGUAAUGGAGGAGUUGACAUCAGUUAUUGGAAUAAAUAUGAAGAUGCUACCUUUCAUUUCUAAGGGAGAAAUUAUGAAUGAAUGGUUUAUUUUUACUUGCUUAGUUUCUUUCUCUUCUUUUAUAUAUUUUGCAUCAUUAAAUGUUGCAAGGGAAAGGGGAGAAUUUAAGAAACUGAUGACAGUAAUGGGUCUCCGAGAGUCAGCAUUCUGGCUCUCCUGGGGAUUGACCUAUAUUUGCUUCAUCUUUGUUAUGUCCAUUUUUAUGGCUCUGAUCAUAACAUCAAUCCCAAUUAUAUUUCAUACUGGCUUCAUGGUGAUAUUCACACUCUUUAGCUUAUACGGCCUUUCUUUGAUAGCAUUGGCUUUCCUCAUGAGUGUGUUAAUAAGGAAACCUAUGCUCGCUGGUUUGGCUGGAUUUCUCUUCACUGUAUUUUGGGGAUGUCUGGGAUUCACUGUGUUAUAUGGACAACUUCCUUUGUCUUUGGGAUGGGUAUUAAGUCUUCUUAGCCCUUUUGCCUUCAUUGCUGGAAUGGCCCAGAUUACACACCUGGAUAAUUACUUAAGUGGUGUUAUUUUUCCUGAUCCCUCUGGGGAUUCGUAUAUAAUGAUAGCCACUUUCUUCAUUUUGGCAUUUGAUGCUCUUUUCUAUUUGAUAUUAACAUUGUAUUUUGAGCGAGUUUUACCUGAUAAAGAUGGCCAUGGGGAUUCUCCAUUAUUUUUCCUUAAGUCUUCCUUUUGGUCCAAACAUCAAAAUACUCAUCAUGAAAUCUUUGAGAAUGAAAUAAAUUCUGAGCAUUCCUCUGAUGACUCUUUUGAACCGGUUUCUCCAGAGUUCCAUGGAAAAGAAGCCAUAAGAAUCAGAAAUGUUAAAAAAGAAUAUAAUGGAAAGACUGGAAAAGUAGAAGCAUUGCAAGGCAUAUCUUUUGACAUAUAUGAAGGACAGAUCACUGCAAUACUUGGGCAUGAUGGAGCUGGUAAAUCAACACUGCUAAACAUUCUUAGUGGAUUGUCUGUUUCUACAGAAGGAUCAACCACUAUUUAUAAUACCCAACUCUCUGAAAUAACUGCCAUGGAAGAAAUUAGACAGAACAUUGGAUUUUGUCCACAGUUCAAUUUUCAAUUUGACUUCCUCACUGUGAGAGAAAACCUCAGGGUAUUUGCUAAAAUAAAAGGGAUUCAGCCAAAGGAAGUGGAACAAGAGGUAAAAAGAAUUAUAAUGGAAUUAGAUAUGCAAAGCAUUCAAGACAUUAUUGCUAAAAAAUUAAGUGGUGGGCAGAAGAGAAAGCUAACAUUAGGGAUUGCCAUCUUAGGAGAUCCUCAGGUUUUGCUACUAGAUGAACCAACUGCUGGAUUGGAUCCCUUUUCAAGGCACCGAGUGUGGAGCCUCCUGAAGGAGCAUAAAGUAGACCGGGUUAUCCUCUUUAGUACCCAAUUCAUGGAUGAGGCUGACAUCUUGGCUGAUAGGAAAGUAUUUCUGUCUAAAGGGAAGUUGAAAUGUGUAGGAUCAUCUUUGUUUCUGAAGCGAAAGUGGGGUAUUGGAUAUCAUUUAAGUUUACACAGGAAUGAAAUGUGUGACACAGAGAAAAUCACAUCCCUUAUUAAACAGCACAUUCCUGAUGCCAAGUUAACAACAGAAAGUGAAGAAAAGCUUGUAUAUAGUUUGCCUUUGGAAAAAACGAACAGAUUUCCAGAUCUUUACAGUGACCUUGAUAAGUGUUCUGACCAGGGCAUAAGGAAUUAUGGUCUUUCAAUGACAACUCUGAAUGAAGUAUUCUUGAACCUAGAAGGAAAAUCAGCAAUCAAUGAACCAGAUUUUGACAUUGGGAAACAAAAGAAAAUAUAUGUGACAAGAAAUACUGGAAAUGAGUCUGAAAUGGAACAGGUUCUUUGUUCUCUUCCUGAAACAAGAAAGGCUGUCAGUAGUGCAACUCUCUGGAGACGACAAAUCUAUGCGGUGGCAGCACUUCGCUUCUUAAAGUUACGGCGUGAAAGGAGAGUUCUUUUGUGUUUGUCACUAGUACUUGGAGUUGCUUUUAUCCCCAUCAUGCUAGAGAAGAUAAUGUAUAAAGUAAUUCAUAAAACUCAUUGUUGGGAGUUUUCACCCAGUAUGUAUUUCCUUUCUCUGGAACAAAUCCCGAAGACGCCUCUUACCAGCCUAUUAAUCAUUAAUAAUACAGGAUCGAAUAUUGAAGACCUCGUGCAUUCACUGAAGCGUCAGGAUAUAGUUUUGGAAAUAGAUGACUUUAGAAACAGAAAUGGCUCAGAUGAUCCCUCCUACAAUGGGGCCAUCAUAGUGUCUGGUGACCAGAAGGAUUACAGAUUUUCAGUUGCAUGUAAUAUCAAGAAAUUGAAUUGUUUUCCUGUUCUUAUGGGAAUUGUUAGCAAUGCCCUUAUUGGAAUUUUUAACUUCACGGAGCUUAUUCAAACGGAGAGCACCUCAUUUUCUCAUGAUGACAUAGUGCUGGAUCUUGGUUUUAUAGAUGGGUCCAUAUUUUUGUUGUUGAUCACAAACUGCAUUUCUCCUUUUAUCGGCAUGAGCAGCAUCAGCGAUUAUAAAAAAAAAGUUCAAUCCCAGUUAUGGAUUUCAGGCCUCUGGCCUUCAGCAUACUGGUGUGGACAGGCUCUGGUGGACAUUCCAUUAUACUUCUUGAUUCUCCUUUCAAUACAUUUGAUUUACUACUUCAUCUUUCUGGGAUUCCAGCUUUCAUGGGAACUCGUGUUUGUUUUGGUGGUAUGCAUAAUUGGUUGUGCAGCUUCUCUUAUAUUCCUCACAUACGUGCUUUCAUUCAUCUUUUGCAAGUGGAGAAAAAAAAAUGGCUUUUGGCCUUUUGGUUUUUUUAUUAUCUUACUAUGUGUAUCCACAAUUCUGGUAUCAACUCAAUAUGAAACACCCAACUUAAUUUUGUGCAUGAUUUUCAUACCUUCCUUCACUUUGCUGGGAUAUAUCAUGUUAUUGAUCCAGUUCUCCUUGAUGUAUAUGAGAAACUUGGACAGUCUGGACAGUAGAAUAAAUGAAGUCAAUAAAACCAUUCUUUUAACAACCUUAAUACCAUACCUUCAGAGUCUUCUUUUCCUUUUUGUCAUAAGAUGUCUGGAAAUGAAGUAUGGAAAUGAAAUAAUGAAUAAAGACCCAGUUUUCAGAAUCUCUCCACGGAGUAGAGAAACUCAUCCCAAUCCAGAAGAGCCCGAAGAAGAAGAUGAAGAUGUUCAAGCUGAAAGAGUCCAAGCAGCAAAUACACUCACUACUCCAAACUUGGCGGAGAAGCCAGUCAUAACUGCAAGCUGUUUACACAAGGAAUAUUAUGACACAAAGAAAAGUUGCUUUUCAACAAGAAAGAAGAAAAUAGCCAUCAGAAAUAUUUCCUUUUGUGUUAAAAAAGGUGAAGUUUUGGGAUUACUAGGACACAAUGGAGCUGGUAAAAGUACUUCCAUCAAAAUGAUAACUGGAUACACAAAGCCAUGUGCAGGAGUGGUGGUGUUACAAGACAGCAGAACAUCGGUAAGGCAACAGCAUGACAACAGUCUCAAGUUCUUGGGGUACUGCCCUCAGGAGAACUCACUGUGGCCCAAGCUUACAAUGAAAGAGCACCUGGAGUUGUAUGCAGCCGUGAAAGGACUGGGCAAAGAAGAUGCUGCUCUUAGUAUUUCACGAUUGGUGGAAGCUCUCAAGCUCCAGGAGCAACUUAAGGCUCCCGUGAAAACUCUAUCAGAGGGAAUAAAGAGAAAGCUGUGCUUUGUGCUGAGCAUCCUGGGGAACCCAUCAGUGGUGCUUCUAGACGAGCCGUUUACUGGGAUGGACCCCGAGGGGCAGCAGCAAAUGUGGCAGAUACUUCAGGCUACCGUUAAAAACAAGGAGAGGGGCGCCCUCUUGACCACCCAUUACAUGUCGGAGGCUGAGGCUGUGUGUGACCGUGUGGCCAUCAUGGUUUCAGGAACGCUAAGGUGUAUUGGUUCCAUUCAACAUCUGAAAAACAAGUUUGGUAAAGAUUAUUUACUAGAAAUAAAAAUGAAAGAACCUACUCAGGUGAAAGCUCUCCACACAGAGAUUUUGAAGCUUUUCCCACAGGCUGCUCGGCAGGAAAGAUACUCCUCUUUUAUGGCGUAUAAGUUACCUGUGGAGGAUGUCCACCCUCUGUCUCGGGCCUUUUUCAAAUUAGAGGCAGUGAAACAGACCUUCAACCUAAAGGAAUACAGCCUCUCUCAGGCUACCUUGGAGCAGGUAUUCUUAGAACUCUGUAAAGAGCAGGAGAUGGGAAAUGUUGAUGAUAAAAUUGAUACAACAGUUCAAUGGAAACUUCUCCCACAGGAAGACCCUUAAAACGAAGAACCUCCUAACAUUCAAUUUUAGGUCCUACUACAUUGUUAGUUUCCAUAAUUCUACAAGAAUGUUUCCUUUUACUUCAGUUAACAAAAGAAAAUAUUCAAUAGUUUAAAUAUUCAGUAAUGAUUAAAGUUUUCAUUUUUAAAAAUUUUAGGAUGAAGGAAACAAGGAAAUAUAGGGAAAAGCAGUAGAAAAAAUUAACAAAAUCAGACAUGUUAUUCCUCUCCAACGUGGUCUAUUUUGGGCUUAAAAAUAAUUUAAAAAUCAUGUAAUAUUAGGUUGGUUUUUGGUUAUCAUCAAUAAAGCUAACACUGAGCACAUUUUACAAAAAAAAAUAUGAGUUUUUUUAGCCUGAACUUCAAAUGUAUUAGCUAUUUUUAAACAUUAGUUACUCAGAUUCUAAUUUAAUGUGACAUUGACUAUAAGAAGAUCUGAUGAAAUGGCACAACAUAGCAUUAAAAUGACAUAUUCUGAUUAUAAAAUAAAUACAUGUGAAUUUUAGUACAUAUUGAAAUUAUAUGGAAGAAGAUAACCAUAAUCUGUAAGAAAGUACCACAGUUAAUAUUUUAUUUAGCCAACUUAUAUUCAAUGUAUUUUUUAUGAGUCCUUUUUCAAAGGUAAUAUCAGUAGGCAUAGUCAUUUUCUGUAUCUUUUCACCUCACAGUUUGCGAACAUUUCCCAUGUCAUUAUAACACUUUUGUGUUAUAUAAUUGCUGCAUUAAUGUUAGAGCUGUAGUGAUGUAAUACCAGAGUUGUUAAGUUUGGGUUAUAUGCAAAUUUACUUCUUAGAAAUAAAACUUUGAUGGACUUUU